AUGUGGGAGAUUAAGUCUCACUUUAAUAUGACUGGAUAUUUUCACCCAGCAUAUGACGGUAAGCCUGUGAUGGUUCCUUCAGAGAAAUCAGAAUCCUUUGCAUCCAUGUUGAGACGCUCUCCUUUAAUUCAGAUGGGGCCUGCCAAAGAUAAAAUUGCUGUUGGUCAAAUAUUCCAUGUUGUAGAAGAUGAUCUUUACAUAGAUUUUGGUGGCAAGUUUCACUGUGUGUGCAAAAGACCGGAAGUUGAUGGAAAAAAAUAUCAGAGAGGAACCCGGGUACGCCUCAGACUGCUGGAUCUUGAACUGACGUCCAGGUUUUUGGGGGCAGCCAGUGAUACAACAUUGCUGGAAGCUGAUGCAGUGCUUUUGGGACUUGCAGAGAGCAAGCAAACAAAGCAAAAUUAGUAAAUUUACUGCAAAGAGAUGCGCUUCGUGCACUUCAUGCUCUGUAACAAAUUACAUAAAUUAAAUGCUUCCUCAGGAAAUAAAUUAAAAUUUUCUGUCCACUUAGUCAUGUAAAAAAUGAGAUCAAUAAAGAACAAUAAGCACAUUGUACCUAA